GGUUUCUGAUAGCUGCAUUUGUAACUAUAUAUAGUUGUUAGUUCAAUUCAAACUCCGGGAAAUAGUUGUAGUCGUGUAUGUAUUAUGAAAAAUCACUUCCUUAUGUUACAGUUCAAAGUCCUUAUGUGUCACUGAAUACAUUUAAAAAAAAAAACUGGUUACACCCCCUAUGUUCCUUAAACAGCCAUUGCACCUAGCCAUCAAAAACUGCGCCGCUCAGACUGGUAAACAUGGGCAUUUUAAUGAACGCGUUUCGGCUUUUUUUCCAAAUGUUAAGCCUCCCAUUGCAGUUACUGGAACUGGUAGGGAUAUACGGCGCAUAUAAGCGCAUCUUCCCGUUCGUCGUAUAUAAAAUGUCGGGUUCGUACAACAAGAAAAUGCAUGAGCAGAAAAAGGAACUGUUCCGAGACUUAGCGGAGUUCGCCAGGGAUGGCAGGGCGCUGCGGCUGCUGGAGAUCGGCUGUGGAAGUGGGAGCAACUUUCAGUACUACCCCCGCGGCUGCACGGUAGUGUGCACAGACCCGAACCCCCAUUUCAAGAAGUAUUUGCAGAAGAGUGUCGCCAGUAGCGAUCACCUGAAGUUUGAGAAGUUCGUGGUGGCCUCGGGCGAGGAUCUGGGGGAGGUGGAGGACGGCUCGGUGGACGUAGCGGUGUGCACACUGGUGCUGUGCACGGUCAAGGACACGACGCGAGUGCUGGCCGAAGUGCAUCGCGUAUUACGGCCUGGUGGUGCCCUGUUUUUCCUGGAGCACGUUGUGUCUGAUCCAUCCACCUGGACCUUCUUCAUGCAGCAUGUUCUCCAGCCUCUUUGGUAUUACUUUGGAGAUGGCUGUGAAGCUACAAGAGCCACGUGGAAGGACCUGGAAGCCUCCAGGUUCUCAGAGCUCAAAUUAAGGCACAUUCAAGCACCCCUUUUCUUCAUCAUAAAACCACACAUUGUCGGUUAUGCUGUCAAGUGAAACAAGUCGAUGGCCAGCAUCCCCAGGAUUAACUAGCACAUACUGUACCAGUGUAACUUUUCUUUUAAAGUGUAAUUUGUAGCAAAUUCUGGAAAUCGAGUGGGUUUUUUUCUCUAAUUGGAGGGAAUUUGUAUGAGAAAUGGCUUCAACGCUGUUAAUGAUGGCAGACACAAUCUGUAUCUUUGUCACCUGUGUGAAACAUCUCCUCUGCUGUUUGUUUUAAUCAUUUUAAAAUCAGAAAUUAAAACACCAAUUUAACCCUCUAUGGGCAAUUGUGGUGGAAGUUUAGGGAGCCCCAGAAGGGACAUGGAAGGGAAGAAAAAACUGACGGUAAAAAAAAAAAACCAAGAUGGACAUUAGGAGAUCACGCAAAGGUUUUCCUUCAAAUGUUUUCUUUUGUUGACAGCCCGAGAACUGCAUAUAAAGCUAACUUUACAGUGGUGUUGGAAUUAAGUUUUAAACUCUAACCCGCUUUCUGGAAUAUUUCAGUGUGCAUCUGCAUACUCCCACACACAGCACCGAGCGAGAAAACCAGUGAGGUAAACGCGAGUGGGUUCAGGUUUAAACCUUAAGUAUAACACUGCAGUAAAGUUAGCUUUAUAUUAAGUUUUCCAGUUGUAAUAUCUUUUAGCAAAAUCAAGCAACACCCCCUGGGUUUCCAUAUUCCUUUAUUGGCAAAUUUUAAUUAAUAGGCCCAUUUCAAUGUUUUGCAUGUGCACAUAACACUCAGUAGCCCAGCUGUCUUGCUUACUAUUUACUGGCAGUGAAUGGACACAGUGCAAUUAUUAAUAAAUACAUAUAACAUAUGAAACAUGUUACAUGAUGUGCAUUGUCAUCCCCCACCCAUAGUUUGCUUAAAGCACACUUUACUGGACAUGUAUCAUUUAGUUUAAUACUUAUUAGCCUUAUCUAUUAAUUCUAUAUUUUGCACUUCAAAUGGACAGAGUAGUUAUUAGGGCCAACAGAAUGGAAAAGUAUUGCAAGAUCUCUCAGAAUUCCAAUUUCUUUUUAAAACCAUUUAUUUUUUUCCCAUUCGUGUCCCUUCUGGGGCUCCGUAGAAAUCAGUAGAGCUUCAAUUUAUUAUAAAAAUAUAUGUUUUUAUUGGUUCAGCAACACAGCAGGAAUAAUGCCCUUUGGUGAAUGACAUGAGCCAGUUGCUACGUGAGCUACCACACAGGUAUAUAUAGUGGGUAAUUCGCUCAAGAUUAAAAGUUUGUGUGGUUCAACCCAGCC